CAGAUCUCAGAAUGGACCCCAAAUGCUCCUGCUCCACCGGCAGCUCCUGCACCUGCUCUAGCUCCUGUGUCUGCAAGAGCUGCAAGUGCACCUCCUGCAAGAAGAGCUGCUGCGCCUGCUGCCCCGUGGGCUGCUCCAAGUGUGCCCAGGGCUGUGUGUGCAAGGGCCAGUCAGACAAGUGCACACGCUGUGCCCGAUGUGAGGACACGGCUGCUCCCACGUGGAAAUGGUAG